AUGUGGAAUCAAGUUGUUUUAUCGAAACGGCGAUGGCUCGGACUGAAGGGCAAACAAUCCCAGGGCAAGGCGGACAAGACGCCUGCCGGAGCGCAGUCCCCCGCCUCCACUGAGAAACCGGCUCCGCUUAAGAAGAUACCAUCCGAUAAGAAACUCCGUCUGCCGUACGUGAGCGGCAACGGGCGCGACGAUGGCGAGGAGGGCCAGGCCGCCGGCGCCGGUGCCCUGGACGAGGCGGAGGACGAUGCCGCGGACGUGGAGCUGCCGCCGCCCAUGAAGCCCAUCCAGGAUCCGCAGUCGGUGCUGCAGCAGGCUCCGACGCCCGCCGCCGCCGCCUCGGCCCCGACAACGCGAGAGCAGCAUGGCGGCUGUGGGGGCGCCGGCGGCCCCAGCGGGGGUAGCGACGAGCCGCCCACCCCCACACCCGAGGAAAUCGAAGCUAUCCUCAAGAAGCGGGAGUACGUGCUGCGCGAGCUGGUCGACACCGAGGAGAUCUACGUCUCCGAUCUGCGCCUCAUCUGCGACGGAUACGUUCGCCACAUGGCCGACCCUGCGGCCGACCCACCGAUGCCCGAGGGCCUCCGCGACCGCCGCCACCGCAUGAUCUUCGGCAACAUCGAAGCGAUCUACGAAUGGCACCGCGACAAGUUCUUGUGCGAGCUUCAAGCCUGCAUGAGCAAGCCGGAGCUGCUGGGGCCACUGUUCCGCCGCUUCCUCGAGAAGAGGAUGUUCAUGUACGAGGCCUACUGCCGAAACAAGCCCGUCUCCGAGUACAUUGUUUCGGAGCACGACCACUACUUCCAAGAGCUGAGGCAGAAGCUGGGCCACAAGCUGCAGCUGAGCGAUCUCUUGAUCAAACCGAUCCAACGCAUCCAAAAGUACCACCUGCUGGUGAAGAAGAUCCUGGCGUACUCUCAGAGCGCCCAAGAGCCCGACGCCGUGAUCUCCGCGCUCGAGGAAGCUGUCCUGUGCACGUCCAUCAUCCCAAAGAAUGCCAACGACAUGAUGGACGUCGGCCGUCUGCAGGGCUUCACGGGCAACAUCACCGCCCAGGGCAAGCUGCUGAUGCAAGAGCAGCUGGUGGUCUCCGACGCGGCCUCCAACGACAGGGGCAAGGAGUUGCACGUGUUCCUCUUCGAGCAGUGCAUGAUCUUCAGCGAGGCCGUGGGCAAGAAGAACCAAUUCACCAGCCCCACCUACAACUACAAGGCCCACGUGCAGGUGAACAAGAUGGAGCUCGAGGAGCUGGAGCAGGGCGGGGCGUUCAUCGUGCACGCUGUGGACCCGAACAAGCCGCGCCAGUCGUACCUGUGCCGCGCGCCGGACGCCCGCCGCGCCCAGUGGACCACCACCCUCGCGACCAUACUGCGCUCGCAGCGCAUCUUCGGCGAGGCGCUCGAGAACCCGGGCGCCUACUUGCGCGAGCUGCACCGCGACCAGGCGCGCGACCCCGCGGCCGUGGGUGAGGGGUGGAGCGGGCUGCAUAAGACGGAGAGCAUGCCGCCGUGCGUGGGGUCGCGCAAGGCGCCCGAGCUGCGCGCUCGCUCGCAGCGCCCCCACGCUAAGGCCAACACGAUCAACUUGCCGCCCAGCUCUGGGCGCGGCGACGACCGCAAGAAGCCCAACGCGGCCGUGAGCCCCACCUCGCCGCCGCACGCCAACGUA